AUUCAGUAUAAUUUCUAUCCGGUUUCUAUUUUGUGUUCUUUAUCUUUCUCGUUUUUAUAACAACAUUGUUUUUUUCUUUAAAAGCUAUUUUUCAGUAUUCUUUUCUCUCCUUAUUGUAUGCUAGUUUUACAGAUCUGUAGCCUUGACCCCUAGUAAAAAAUAGGAAAAAGCAAAAGAAAAAGUAAUAUAUAUAUUUAUUUAUUUUUUACUUUAGAAGCUGUUUUUUAGUUUACUUUUUAUUUUUUCUCCUUAUUGUAUGCUAGUUUUACAGAUCUGUAGCCUUCACCCCUCUCUUUGAUACAUGGGUUUUGCUCUUUUCAAAAGCCAAAUGUAGUUUGUUCUCAAAUACCUGCAGCUUAACUCCUCAUGUUCUUAGUUUAACAGAUCUGUAGUCUUAAUCCCUCAUUUUAGUUCGCCCCUUUUUCCAAAUUUCAGCAGUUUGUUCUUAAAGAUCUGAAUUACCAACCAAAAAAAAAGAAAAAUUUACUAAGCAGGAAGUAUUCGACAGUAUAUUUGUUUCUAAAUGAGCUUUAGAGGAAAAGGGCUACAUAGGGAACUGAUAAAUUCUUCUAUUGUGUUUCUUUGCUUAUUUUCUUGAAAAGUAAUUGAAGUGAUGUUUAAUUAUUCCCUAUGAUUAUCUUCUCCAAUUCAGAAUAAUCUCAGCUAGUAUAGAGUAGAAAAAUAAAUAUACUCUUGUUGCGGCAAAUAUGAUUCCUCUGUUCUUUUUGGUUGUCUGUUUGGAGGGUUUAGCGGCGUUUCUUUUAGUUGUGAAAAUUGGGCCAUUAAGGGAACUGGUAAUUAAGGGCUUAGAUCAAGUGACAACGAGAAGGGCUACGGUUUUAACAAUUGCUGGCACUAUAUUUGUUAUCCUUUUGUCAAAUUUAUUUAGUAUACUCAAGAUACAGAACAAGGGUGCUAAGCAUGGUACAAUGACACCUAUGGAUCAAGUUCUGUGGAGGACCAACUUGUUAGAGGCUACUUUAAUGGGAUUUUCUCUUUUUCUCGGCUUUUUAAUAGAACGCAUACACCAUUACAUGAAGAAGCUGAUCAUGAUAAGGAACAAAACAGGAGUUUCAAAGCAAGAAUUUGAGAGGCUGGAGAAAGAGAAGUCGGAGCUCAAGGAGAAGGAAGAAAAGGGCGCUGUAGAAAUUAAGCGACUGAAGAAGGAAUUAUCUUCUCUAACCGAGAAUUUGAAUAAGCUCAAGUUGGACUUAGCCAAAAAGGAUAAGCAAGUGGAGACUGCUGAAGCUCAUGUUUCUGCUCUUCAGAAACAAGCUGCGGAUCUUCUUCUAGAAUAUGAUCGACUAUUGGAAGACAACCAAAAUCUUCAGAACCUUGGAUAUCGUUAGUUUAGAUGAAAAUUAUAUAGAAUUGGGAUGUAGAGUUUGGAACUCAUUUUGUUGACAAAUCAUGGUGACAAUAGGUGCUUGUUUUUUCUUUCUUUCCUAUUAUUUUACCCUAUGGACACCAGAUGAGAAGAUAGCCCAUCGACCACAAGACAUGUUGAUGAUUUUUUGAAGUGUUCAGUCUCAUUUCUGAAUGUUUUUGCAAGCAUGGUUUUUCUUCGAUACUAAUUUGAGCUGUUUUCAGUUGUAAGUUUGUUAACUUGAUAAAGGUAUAUGGUGCUUUGUGUGGACGCUGCACAUCUGUUCCCAUUAGUAGACAUUUUUAGACUUGCUCGGGUGUUAUUUCGUUAAGCCAUGUAGCCAUUUUUAGAUGCUACUGUAAGGUGUUUAUGUGGGGAUUGUAUAUAAAUAUUUUGGUUUUCUAA